GGGGGGGGGGGGGGGGGGGGGGGGAGCCGCAGCUGCUGCCGCCGCCGCAGCCGCCGCAGGGGGCCCCCGGCGGGGGGCCCCUGGGGCCCCUGGGGGCCCCCGCGGCCUUGGGGGCCCCCGCCACAGUGUCCACUGCUGCUUCUGCGGUCGCGGGGGAGCCGCAGCGGGGCCUCAAGAGCAGCAGCAGCAGCAGCAGCAGCAGCAGCUUGCUGCUGUCGCCCUCCUCCGCCGCCGAGGCCCCCACGACGCAGGGGGCCCCCCCCCCCGCCGCCGACGCCGACCCUGCUGCAGCAGCAGCAGCAGCAGCAGCAGCAGCAAACCCCGACAGCAGCUGGCGCUCCGCCUGGGGCACUGCAGCGCGCUGCUGCGACAGCAGCACCCUGGGGCCCCUGGAGGGCUCCCCGGCCGCCGCGGGCGCCCUGGGGCCCCCCCUGGGGCCCCCCCUGGGGCCCCCCCUGGGGGCCCCCCUGGGGCCCCCCCUGGGGGCCCCCCUGGGGGCCCCCGGGGGCCCCGACCCCAGCAGCAGCAGCAGCAGCAGCAGCAGCGUGGAGCUGUCGCUGUGCGGGCACCUGCUGUUUGGGACUGCAGCAGAGGCGCAGCACGACGCAGACGUGUUUGCUGCUGGGGUUUUGGACUGGGGGGCCCUCGAAGCAAACCCUAGUUUGUGGUAUCACCCCUCGCUAGUGGCCAGGUUCGAGGGGGGCCCCCCCUACUACCCGGGGAAGGUGGCGCUGCCGCUGCUGGCCAGCUGGCUGCUGUUCGGGAGGCCUUUGGCUGUGGGCAGUGUGCAGCGGCUGAUGGCUGCGGAGCUGCGCUACACCGACGGCCCCUGCUGCAGCAGCAGCAGCAGCAGCAGCAGCAGCAGCAGCAGCAGCAGCAGCAGCAGCGGGGGAGGCGCGGAGGGAGGCGCGCGCAAGCCGCAGCUCCUCGCGGAGCCCGCGAUCACGCAGCAGGCAUUCAAACCCCAAGGACUCACCUGCAGCAGCGCCGUCAGCGACAGCGAAUCCCCCGCCUUUGCUGCUGCCAGCGCCCCCAGCGGCAAACGCCUCAAACGCUCCCUACGGCCCACCCCAGAACAACUGGAGGCUUUGGACUUGAAGCCCGGCGCGAACAGCGUUUGCUUCACAGUCAGCUCCGCCCUGCAGGGAGAAAAAAGUGUUUGCGGCACAAUUUAUUUGUGGCCCACUGACAUCAAAAUUGUGGUUUCCGACGUCGACGGCACCAUCACCAG